AUGUGGCAGCCUCAUGUGUUUGUGGUUCUGUUCUUUCUCUUGUCCCUGUAUGGGAAGGGCGCCGACUGUCAACAUCCAGGUUAUACUCUAAAUGCCCACCGGUUAGUGUGGGUGGAAUCUGGUCUCUGUGUGGAAAUUCCCUGUAAAUUUACUGUUCCUGCCAAUAGACCUUUAUCUACAAGUGUCACAGGGAUUUGGAGGAAAACUGACACUCCUGACAUUGUUGCAGCCUCUACAGAGGCCUCUAAGGUUUCUGAGGGAACAAAAGGCCGAUUCACCCUGACUGGGAAAGUACAGGAAGGAGACUGCUCAUUCUCUAUCAGCAAUGCCCAACCAGCCGAUCAAGGAGAAUAUGAAUUCCGAAUUGAAGACGGAUCCGAUGGAUAUUCCUAUAGUCAGUACAGGCUCAGUGUGAGUGUGACAGAAUCCAGCAUUUCUCUCACACAACCCAGUGAUUCUCCUUCAAAUAAGAUCAAAGUUUCAGGUGCCGACUGUCAACAUGGUUAUACUCUAAAUGCCCAGUCAGUGUCGGUGGCAUCUGGUCUCUGUGUGGAAAUUCCCUGUACAUUUACUGUUCCUGCCGGUAGCACUUUAUCUACACUUGUCACAGGGAUUUGGAAGAGAACAGACACUCCUGACAUUGUUGCAGCCUCUACAAAUGCCUCUAUGGUUUCUGAGGGAACAAAAGGCCGAUUCACCCUGACUGGGAAAGUACAGGAAGGAGACUGCUCAUUCUCUAUCAGCAAUGCCCAACCAGCCGAUCAAGGGGAAUAUGUAUUCCGAAUUGAAGACGUAAAUACUAAAUAUUCCUAUAGUUCAUACAGGCUCAGAGUGACUGUGACAGAUUCUCCUUCAAUUAAGAUCAAAGUUGCAGAUCUACCAGAACCUACUAUAUCCCCUGGGGGGGAGCUGAUCGCUGGGAAGCCAAUAACACUGACUUGUACGGCUCAUCCAGCACCUCAAGGGUGCAAGGGAAACAUCACAUGGGGAGGAAGGAUAAAAAUGACGAAAUUAUAUAACUAUAAGCAGGAGGAUCAGGCUGGUAAAUCAAUUAUCAGUUUUACACCAUCCCAGAGAGAGCACAAUAGCCCCCUCACAUGUACAGUGACUUACAGUGGGGUCUCCACUAACAGCAGCAUCACCCUGAAAGUUCAGUAUUCUCCUUCAAUUAAGAUCAGAGUUUCAGGAUAUAAUGGAACAUAUGAAAACAAAUCUUUGACUAUAACAGAAGGAGACUCAGUGAAUAUAAGCUGUUAUGUAAAAAGCAGACCAAUGGCUGAUAUUUCCUGUGGUGAAGGACAAGGAUACAAUGUUAUUAAAGCACCCAGAGAGAGGGUUCUUGUGCUUCAAAACGUUUCAGUUGCUGAUGGUGUAACCUACACGUGCUUAGCAAGGAAUACUCACGGGUCCGUCUCUGAGACUGUUAGUGUCACUGUAGAAUAUGCCCCAAGGAGUUCAUUUAUUUCAAACUGCACAUCAGAGGGUUGCCGGGUUGAAGCCAUAGAAGGAACCUCCCUGUCCCUGCUCUGCUCUGCUGAAAGUAACCCUCCUGCCAACCUGUCCUGGGCAAAAACGGGUCAGAACAGCACCGACCCCCUAAAUUCCUCAAGUGGGAGAUUAGAUGUUUCUCAUGUAACCACUGAUAAUGGGGGAGAUUAUAUGUGCCGGGCAAGGAAUAAACAUGGGAAUUCAACAGUAUCAAUCACAGUUGUUAUCCUUUGUGAGUAACUCACCCCUACUCCUAUAGAUUAAUCAUGUUUAAAGAAAGGAGCCUUAAGAUCAAAAGUAAAUGAUAAGAGCAUUAGCAAGAUUAUGUGUCUUUUGUAUGUGCUUAUGGCACUUACUGUAUAUCGGGUGUGAAUAUA